AUGAAUCCGCGGGCACUGCUGAUUGUGUUCGGAAACACGCGGCGGCUGGGCUUCUAUGAGCUGGAGGAGUGCAGACGCGUGGACCGCUUGGUGCUGCAUCCCGACUACAAACGCUACAAGGAAAACGAUCUGGCUGUGCUGCAGCUGAGCAAGCGCAUUCCCAGCAACAUGAUCAACGUGCGGCCAAUGCUGAUGCGCCACCGCUCCCGGGUCACCGUGGGCAUGCACUGCAUCACCAUGGGCUGGGGCCAGGUCUAUCCGCACGGCCCCUACUCGAACCUGAUCCUCUCCCUGGAUGUUGUGAUCCGCAAUCACAGCUUCUGCGAGGGAAAGGUCUCAUCGUACAACAGCCGGGGCCAUCUGUGCGCCGAGCCCGAUGCCAGCGGUGAAUUCUGUCCCGGCGACAUGGGCGGUCCUCUGAUAUGCAGGGACUGGCUGGCUGGCAUCAUUGGCGGCUCCAACCUGUGCGAGGGCGGCAAUGCCAUGAAGUUCACAAAUUACUCGUACCACGAGAAGUGGAUCAAGACUACGGUCCUCAAGCUGACUGGAGGGGCAGGCGAUGCCUGCCCCCCGAUUGCCACGCUCAUUGCGUUGCUGCUCUCCCAAUUGUUCGGCAUCAUGAUUUAAUAUAAAUGGGGAUCCCAAUCUUAAUCGUAGUUGGGAGUUGUCCACGCUCAGUCCACCCACAAUGCCAGUUUGCUGGAGUUAAAUGAACCCAAAUACCGGGUCCAUACCACCUCAGGGGAUGUGGAUGUC